UAGAGCCACUUCUGUGCUUUCAAAUGCCAAUAAAUGUAAAUACACAUCUCCAAUAUUCACCUUCCAUUCUCCAUUGUCUUCACAUUCAUCUUGCUGAGAAAAAUGGCAAAGCUGGUCCUUUCAUUGCCAAUCUUGCUCUGUUUCUUAGCCAUUAACGUUGCUGCCUUCACUCCUUCUGGGUGGACCAAAGGCCAUGCAACCUUUUAUGGAGGAAGUGAUGCUUCAGGAACCAUGGGUGGAGCUUGUGGAUAUGGUAACUUGUAUGCAACUGGGUAUGGAACCAGAACUGCUGCUUUAAGCACUGCUUUAUUCAACGAUGGAGCUUCUUGUGGACAGUGCUACAAGAUCAUAUGUGAUUAUCAAGCUGAUCCCAGAUGGUGUAUUAAAGGCAGAUCUGUGACGAUUACUGCAACAAAUUUCUGCCCACCUAAUUUUGCUCUCCCAAACAACAAUGGAGGCUGGUGCAAUCCUCCCCUCCAGCAUUUCGACAUGGCUCAGCCAGCUUGGGAAAAAAUUGGCAUUUACAGAGGAGGGAUCGUCCCUGUUUUGUUCCAAAGGGUUCCAUGCAAGAAACAUGGCGGAGUUAGAUUCACCGUCAAUGGAAGAGAUUACUUCGAGCUUGUGUUGAUAAGCAAUGUGGCAGGGGCUGGAUCAAUUCAGGCUGUGGAUAUUAAAGGCUCAAAAACAGGGUGGAUGUCAAUGUCAAGAAACUGGGGAGCUAAUUGGCAGUCUAACGCAUAUCUCAAUGGGCAAUCUUUGUCUUUUAGGGUCACAACUACUGAUGGGGAGACCAGAUUGUUCCCAGACAUUGUUCCAGCCAAUUGGGCAUUUGGGCAGAGUUUUUCAAGCCCAGUACAAUUUUAAAAUCAAAUCAUCAGAAGCUUUGGAGUUCAGGGUUUGAUUUGGCAGAGGCGUGCUUAUAAUUUUACUAGAGCAGCCCGCCAGUUUGUUUUCUGUUUCUCAAUUCAGCUCUGGCUCUGGAGCAAUCAAUGAGCCAUGAACUCUAAGGCUACUGCUCUGCUAAGCUUUUGUGCCUUUCAAAACCCAGAAAGUGCAGAGCUUGAUACACAAUAUUUGGUGAGAAUUUUCGGAGUUUGCUGCAGAAUAAGAAGCGCAAUGAAAUUGCUGCUUAAGCAUUCUUAGAAUUGAUUUCCAUUAGCUUUGUAAUAUGAUUAUUAUUAUUAUAUUGUUUAAAAAAAAUCUACCCUUUAUGUGCUUGUAAAAUGAAUGGUUGUUAAGGUUAUUAUUAUUAUUUUUUGAUUGCAUUUCCAA